UCAGCCUUCUGAGUAGCUGGGAUUACAGAUGGGAGCCACUGCAUCUGGCUCUGCCUUUUUGAUUAUAGCGAUCCUAGUGGGUAUGAAGUAGUAUCUCAUUGUGAGCGGUCUUGUUUUGAAGUUGCAUUGGUAUAGCAAACACAUUUUAUCACUGGCUCUGUCUUUUUGAUUAUAGCAAUGUUAGUGGAUAUGAAGUGUUAUCUCAUUGUGAGCAGUCUUGUUUUGAAGUUGCAUUUGCAUAGCAAACACAUUUUGUCACUUAUACUACUUGGAUUCAUUUGAGGUAACUGGUGAAGGUUAUGGGAGCUUAAAGAAACUCCUAUUCUCCCCUUUGGUUUUACUACUAAGUCCUGGCUGCCUUCUUUUUCAGAGGAAUGCCUGCGGGAGGUGGAUUAGGUCAAGGGUCCUGUAGUCCUUUAAGGAGAGUCCUUGCCACCCUCCCGUUAUUUCCCUAGUUUCCCUUUUCCUCACCCUUGUGUCAGUCCAGAGAUGAGGGUGGGUUGCAGGGUGAAAAGACUGAUCAAUCUUUUUAGCUUUAUGCUCCCUACUGUAGGUCAAAGAGUGGCUUUGAAAUGGCCCGAUCAGCUCACCAGGCAUCUUAGUCCAUAUGGGCUAAUAUAACAAAAUACCACAAACGGGAUGGCUUAUCAACAACAGAAAUGUGUUGCUUAUAGUUCUGGAGGCUGGGAAGUCCAAGACCAAGACACUGGCAGAUUCUGUGUUUGAUAAUGACAGUUUCCUGGUUCAUAGAUGGUGUCUUCUCACUGUGUCCUCAAAUGGUGGCAGUGAGGAAGGGAGCUCUCUUCUGCCUCUUUUAUAAGGGCACUAAUCCCAUUCAUGAGGGUUUCACACUCAUGACCUAAUCACCCCCCAUAGAUCCCACCUCCCACUACCAUCACCUGGGGGUGAAGAUUUCAACAUCGAAAUUUGUGGGGGAUGCAUACACUCAGACCAUAGCACAAGUUGGGGACAAAAGCUCUGAGUGUCAGCAGGGUUGCACUGGCUUGGAAAUGCUGUCUGUGUCCAGAUCAGGCAUUACAAACUGUAUGACCUAGGGCUCAUGUUGCAUUAACAAUGUUGUGUGUGGUCCACAAUGUUUCAAAAUUGGAAAACUUGACAUAAAAAUCCACUCUUCUGGCUUUUGUUUAAAAAUUUGCCGGCCCAACCAUGCUGUUUCCACCUUUCUGCGUUGCUGCAGUUGGCUGGGGCUGAGCCCUGGCUGCCCCCUGAAGACUGGUGUGAGCUUUCCAAAUCUCCACAGUUCCCACCAUACACUGUUGCAUCACAAUGGGCCAUCUCCACACAUUUGUCACCUGUCUCAUACUUGAGAAUAUUUAUUAGUGCCCAAUUCCUUCAGGGACCUAACACGGUGAACUUAGGCCAUAAUAGGUAGCAGGGCUAAAUACAGACACUUGGGAUCCUGGUUUUCCAGCCAUCUGCAUACCGUCUCCUGAUGAGUGAGUGCAAGCAAGUUUCAGGGGUAAUGUGGGCAUCUAAUUUGUGAUUUAUGGUUCUUAAUCACUUUUAUGGGCCAGCCCCUGUUCCUAAGAGUUUUGCGUAUAUUAAUUCAUUUAAUCCUCAUAGGAACCCAGUCAUCCUAGUUUACAGAUGGGAAAACUAACCCCCAGAGAAAACACUUACUCACAGUCCAUGGGUAAUAGUUGCAGAGCCAGAAUUUGAAGUCAGGAGCAAAUGAGGUCAUUUUGCAAGGUUGCUCAUGACCUAGUGUCUUGUUCAUUAUGGGGAUUCAGUGGGUGCAAGCUUUAUAAUAUUCAUCUAAUCUUGCCAGCUGCUGCUAACGUGCUGCAUGGCUGGGGAUUAGUCCCGGCCAGAUGUCCCAUAACAAAAGUUAGGAGUUGAAGAGUUGAAGUAGAUGACAUUUGUGUUUGGAGAAAUGAUAUGUCUCAUUCUUUUCAGCUCUAACUUGGGGUAAGUUUCUGAAAGCAAGUAAGAGAAGAGGAGAGGGACAUUUGUGAUCUCUCAUGUAUAGAAGACUAGCAAAUAGGCAGGUGGUCACACCUGAAGGCAUGUCCCCUGACCCCUAUUACAUCAUGCCAUGGGCUGAAUGUCCAAAAUGCCUCUCCCAGCUCUGAUUGACCUGGCUACUCUGAUGAGUGAAGUCCACCAGGGAAGACAUCGUGCCCUCAUUUCUCAUCCUCCUGUCCCCAGGAGUAACACAGAAGCAGUUAGUAACACAACAGCAUUGUCCUCACACACACAGGCCUGCUUUGUUUCCCCACCACACAGAGCAGCGGCUGUAACAAUGGCCCCGAAUGACACUUUGCCCUCCUUUCUCCGAUGUUGCACUUGUUUUUUUAGUCUGGAAUUGGCUAAACAAUGAUUUCCUGCAGUGGGUAUCAGCUUUUCAUAUUUUCUGCCUGCUUCUCUGUCAGUCUUCAGGCCCCAGGUGAGUGAGUGGCGAGCGGGCCCAGAGAGCUCUGGGCCCAUUGGAACAUUCCCUUUUCGGGAGGCUGGAAGGCCAUGGUUCUUCACCUCUCCCCAGCAAGGUGGAACCUGCCCUGGAAGAAGAAACUGGAUCAGGUGUUGGCUACGUUUGUGGUUUUAAGAAAGCCUGAGCACCUGAAGGCAGCCCUUGGAAAAGCCCUUUCCGAGGGCAUUCAGAACCUCCUGCUCCUAGAGGUGAAGCUGAACUGUCACCAGGACUUAUGACCCGUGGCUUCGCUCCCACUCUGCCCGGCGAGUUCCACAAGAUGGGCUCCUUCCGCAGGCCUAGACCGCGCUUCAUGAGCUCCCCUGUGCUCAGCGACCUUCCCCGAUUCCAAGCGACUCGGCAGGCUCUGCAGCUGAGCUCCAGCUCAGCCUGGAACAGCGUUCAGACUGCUGUGAUCAACGUUUUCAAAGGGGGCGGCUUGCAAAGCAACGAACUCUAUGCUCUGAACGAAAACAUCAGGCGGCUGUUGAAGAGUGAACUUGGAUCAUUCAUUACAGACUAUUUUCAGAACCAGCUUCUUGCAAAAGGACUGUUCUUUGUGGAGGAGAAGAUCAAGCUAUGUGAAGGUGAAAAUCGCAUUGAGGUUCUGGCUGAAGUCUGGGACCACUUCUUCACUGAGACUCUCCCUACCCUGCAGGCAAUAUUUUAUCCAGUUCAGGGCCAGGAGCUGACUAUCCGCCAAAUCUCCCUGCUGGGCUUCCGAGACCUGGUCCUGCUGAAGGUGAAGCUAGGUGACCUGCUGCUGCUGGCCCAGUCCAAGUUGCCCUCGUCCAUUGUCCAGAUGUUGCUCAUCCUGCAGAGUGUUCACGAGCCCACAGGCCCAAGUGAGAGUUAUUUGCAACUGGAAGAGCUGGUGAAGCAAGUGGUUUCUCCUUUCCUCGGCAUCAGCGGGGACCGUAGCUUCUCAGGCCCCACGUACACGCUGGCCAGGCGGCACUCCAGGGUCCGGCCCAAGGUGACUGUCCUGAACUAUGCUUCCCCGAUAACCGCAGUCAGCCGGCCACUGAAUGAGAUGGUCUUGACCCCACUGACGGAGCAGGAGGGGGAAGCCUACCUGGAGAAGUGUGGCAGCGUGCGGCGGCACACGGUGGCCAAUGCCCACUCGGACAUCCAGCUGCUGGCCAUGGCCACCAUGAUGCACUCAGGCCUGGGGGAGGAGGCUAGCAGUGAGGACAAGUGCCUUCUCCUGCCACCCAGCUUCCCCCCACCCCACCGGCAGUGCUCCAGCGAGCCCAACAUCACCGAUAGCCCUGACGGACUGGAGGAGGGGGCCGGGGGCAGCCAGGAGGGCUCAGAGCUGAACUGUGCUUCCCUCAGCUGAGUCGCCACCCCCAGGCCUUUCCACCUCCUGUUAUGCAACCAGGAUGAGGACACCUCCAUCUCCAUGGAUUACUGAGGGGCCUCUUGCUUUAUGCAAUGCUGCCUUAUUUCUUUUAGGGUACUGUCCUGGUCAAAAUGCCUUAAGGGGAAACCGUUGUUGUAAACCUCUUCAUUUUGGUGACUGUGACCAGUUCUUUGUAGCCACCAAUUGUAGUGACCAAUUGCCUAAUGGUCACUUUCUGACUCCAGCCUUGCCAGCCUGACUCAGAUCCUCAUCUCUGGGCCUUUCCUCCUCCGAUGUUGGACUGCCUAAUGUUCCCAAUGACAUAUCCAGUACUCCUGGCAUUUCUGGAGCAGGAGGUUGUCAGGACCACACGUACAACCACCAAGGAUGUGUUGGCCUUUGGAGUUCCCCUUUAGGUUCCUUGUGAUGCGGUGGGUUAUGAGUGAAAAAUUAGUGAAGAGGGAACUCCUCUCCCCCAUUUUGUGUAGAGUGAAAAUAGCCUGCAGCCCCUACUCAGCAGGGCUCUGGGAAUGUGCCUGCCUUAUUUUAGUUUCAGAAUUGCUGGGAAAGUUACCCCUCUGGUGGGUGAGGAUCUGUCCUCACCUACAUCCAUAUCCUAUGUGCUGCUUGCACAGAGGCCUUUGGCUUUUGACCCAGAGGGGCUGUGAGGCUGGAGCUGCCCUGUCUUUCAUUGAGCCUCAGCAUUUCCCUCUUUGGCUUCCUCUCAAGCUCAAGGAACUCACCCCCAGAUGCCUCUUGUCUCUCUCAUUUCAGAAACGGACUUUCUUAUCAUGCUUUCCUAUGGUGGGUGUGAGGGGCCAGCUGAUACCAACCAACUAGCCUGUACCUGGAUUUGACUUGAAUUUUUAAAAUGUGUGUUGUUUCAAAAAAAAAGUUUGCAAAUUUUGUACGUGGGAUCUUGCACUGUUCAUUUCCACUGGGGUGAAUCUUCACACUAAAAUCACAAGCAGAGCUCCUGGGAAAAGAGACUGGAAGUGGUUCAGGAUAAAGAGAUCUAUGGUGCACAGAGCUCUUAUGUCACAGAGCUCUAGAAGCAGCUGGACUUGAAUCCACAGUGGCCUGUGUAAAUUUGCGAAUUUCGUGGUUUCUGGAAAAAGCUGCAUUGGGGUGGGGAGACCCAGUUUGCCUCAUGGGCAGAGGGUUCUUCCAGGAAGCAUGGAAAAUGGAAUGUUUCUAUGCUUUACAACGCGGGGAGAGAGGGGAGAUGUAGGCAGGACCUUUUGGAAGGAUGUUUAUUCCCUGUGGUUAAAGAAAUGCCCGGAAUUUCUAACACGUGAAGCACUUGGGGGCUGCAGGCCAUGGCACGGUGCUGCAUCCUUCUACUGCUCCCUCCAGGUCUGGGGGCUUUUAUCCACCUUGAAUUCCUAUCCUCCUCUUUGUAGUUGUCUGUCUCACUGAUAACAGCUCCAGGAAAAAAGACAAGGCUCCUCCUCUGACCCUUCCUGUUGAUGUUUAUGAAAUCUCAAAGAGAUGAGCCACCUUGGCUUCCAAUAUGGCAAGAGGGUGCUGGGAGAAGGUGAAGAUCAGUCUAAGCUGCCGUGGGGAUGAGACCUUCUCAUUUAACUCUUGAUGGCAUUUCCCUUCUGGCUGAAGAUUUGAAAUAUCAGAAUUGUGCUCUUGAUGGCUGGGAAUUUAGAAAUUUAGGAGUUAUUUCAUUUUCAUUCUAAGAAUGAUGGGAGAGAAAUGUCCAAAAGAGAUCUGCUGGUCGGCUGAGAAUUUCAAACAAAAAAAAAAUCAUCUCUGUGUGUGUGUUGGAUAAAGUCUACAGAUUGACUAACAUGCAUUAGCAAAUGGAACAUCAGUAGGUAGCAACAUGAUGAUUUAUGUAACUGAUAGCUUCUGUCCUUAUUAGUACACUUAACAUUUGAGACUAGUAUUUAUUGAUCCAGGCAAAUUAAUUAAUCAUGCUUGGGCUUACUUUUUCAGUUUGUAAGGUUAAUCACAUGUGCAUGCGUGCGUGUGUAUAUAAAUGCCUUUUCCAUGUCUUAAAUGUCCCUGAUGAGGAGAGCAGUCAUCAAUUAAAUAUAUAAGCUCUUAAAAUGAGAAUGGGGGUGUCAGACCCAGUAUACUUAAUUGCUGAUGACUGUUAUCCAGUUUACAACUUUACCAUCGAUGUACACACUUGAUAUUUGUGCAGUAAAUAGACCUUACCUAUAAAAAUUUUAUUGAUGUUUAUGAUCAUGUUAGCUAUCAGAGGGCUAUUGGAAGAGUGAUAGCUGAGGUGUUUUUAACCACUUUUUCUCUCCUAGAUUCGUUUUCAUUAUUUAUGCUAGGAUUUUCCUAUGGUUGACAUUUGAUGACAGGAAGCAAUCAUGACUCUUCGAGUGAGCUCACAGAAACCUUUCAUGUCGUCUGUUUCCAAAACGAAUUCAAUAAACAACAUUUUGUCCUUGC